AAACCCGAUCACAGGAGCCGUUGUCUCCCAUCUUCGGAGAAUUUUCCUCAUUCUAGUGUCACUUGUCAAGCUGUCAAGAUGGAAAAACUUAACCUCUUCUGCAAGCUCACCUGUCUGGCCUUGAUCGUGGCAGCGACCGUUCAGCUGAUUUCUGCAAGCCCUCUCCAUGAAGCCGAAGAUCCGAUCAGCGUUCCAAGCAUCCAGUUCCAAAGCAAGGCGAGCGAGGACCUCUGCAUUGCCUACCAGCUGAAUGGAAAGAUGUUCAUCGCACUGACCCGUUGCCUAGGCGCUGAAGCGAGCAACAUCAAUCAAAUCACCGAUCUGAACGUGGUCGGCCAAGGAAAGCAGACGGUACAAACUUUCGCCCUGCAACCGGCCGGAACGGAUUCCGUUGGGGACAUUGCCGUAAUCAUGUACACCGGUGCCGUUAGCGGCGGAGAGCUGCCCCAGGAAACGGAUGGCGGACUGUUCGAAAAAUUCGGACUGCGCAGCCAUGUUCGCUUUGUUCGUCGCCGUCAGGAUGCAGCGCCCCCAGCGGACGCUGGAAAUGCUACCGAUAGUGCCACCUUGGCAGGCAAGAACGCACAGCUGAUUGGUGCUGCCCUUACCUUUGUGGGAUCCGUUUUGCUGAUGUCUUAGAAUAUAUUUAAUAUGGUUUCAAUUAAUUGAAAAUAAAACACCGAUUUAGUCAAUCACAUUCA